ACAGCAUAAGCAUCACGAAAAUGUUAGUCACACUCCUUCACCAUUUUCCACACUCGUUGUGUAAAACUCAAAGCUUUGUGGCACUUUCACCUUUCAGACACAAGGGGGGUGAUGAAAAGAUCAGUAGAAAGUGGGAAAUUGUGAAGAUAGAGCCAAAACCAAGGAGUUGUUUUACUUCAAAAGUGAUUGAUUUGUUGGAGAAGAGGGUGGUGAAGUUCUUCUAUGAUUCUUCACUGCCACAUGGUUUCCUCGCUGGUAAUUUUGCUCCUGUUCCCGAGACUCCUCCCACCAAAGACCUUCCUAUAAAAGGGUACCUACCGGAUUGCUUGAAUGGGGAGUUUGUCAGAGUUGGACCUAAUCCAAAGUUUGCUCCUGUAGCUGGAUAUCACUGGUUUGAUGGAGAUGGAAUGAUUCAUGGUUUGCGUAUCAAAGAUGGAGAAGCUACAUAUGUUUCCCGUUAUGUGAGAACUUCUCGUCUUAAACAAGAAGAGUACUUUGGAGGCCCCAAAUUUAUGAAGAUUGGAGAUCUCAAGGGUCUAUUUGGACUUUUAAUGGCUAUUAUAUAUAUUUUGAGAACUCAAUGCAAAGUGCUGGAUGCUUCUUAUGGAACUGGAACAGCCAAUACUGGUCUUGUAUAUCACCAUGGGAAACUUCUAGCACUCCAGGAAGCAGAUAAACCUUAUGCUGUUAAAGUUUUUGAAGAUGGUGAUUUGCAAACACUUGGUAUGCUAGAUUAUGACAAGAGAUUGGACCACUCUUUCACUGCUCAUCCAAAAGUUGACCCAUUUACUGGGGAGAUGUUUACAUUUGGCUAUUCACAUACACCUCCAUAUAUCACAUACAGAGUAAUUUCAGAGGAUGGUUAUAUGCAUGAUCCUGUACCCAUAACAGUAUCAGAUCCCAUCAUGAUGCAUGACUUUGCUAUCACAGAGAAUUAUGCAAUAUUUAUGGAUCUUCCUUUGAUUUUUAGGCCAAAGGAAAUGGUGAAGAAUAAGACACUGAUAUUCUCAUUUGAUUCAACCAAGAAAGCUCGUUUUGGUGUGCUACCUCGAUAUGCUAAGGACGAAAAACAUAUAAGAUGGUUUGAGCUGCCAAACUGCUUCAUAUUCCACAAUGCCAAUGCUUGGGAGGAAGAAGAUGAAGUCGUUUUGAUCACAUGCCGUGUUCAGAAUCCAAAUUUGGACAAUGUCAGCGGGGCAGUCAAAGAAAAGCUUGAAAAUUUUGCAAAUGAGCUUUAUGAAAUGAGAUUUAACAUGAAAACCGGUGAAGCUUCUCAAAAGAAACUAUCAGCAUCUGCUUUAGAUUUUCCUAGGGUGAAUGAAAGCUACACUGGCAGGAAGCAGCGAUAUGUAUAUGGAACCACAUUAGACAGUAUCGCAAAAGUUACUGGAAUUAUAAAAUUUGAUUUGCAUGCCAAACCGGAUCAUGGAAAAACAAAGCUUGAAGUUGGAGGAAAUGUUCAGGGUCUCUACGACUUGGGACCGGGGAAGUUCGGCUCCGAAGCUGUUUAUGUCCCACGUGUACCUGGCACCGAUUCUGAAGAAGAUGAUGGAUACUUGAUUUUCUUUGUACAUGAUGAAAAUAUUGGAAAAUCAUUUGUGCAUGUCAUCGAUGCAAAAACAAUGUCAUCAGAUCCUGUUGCGGUUGUUGAAUUGCCACAUAGAGUUCCAUAUGGUUUCCAUGCCUUCUUUGUGACAGAGGAACAACUGCAAGAGCAGGAGAAACUGUAAUAAUGUUUGCAGCUACACUACUGUUCUACUCAGUCUGUGUAUACAUCUUUCUACAAAUUAUCAAUCGGUGUACUAUAUCCCCAGUAUCACAGCAAACCAAUGUAUACCCAUUGUUUAGAAAUGGUUAAAAUAAAUUUUAUUCAAGAAUAAUAAAUAUUGAAUUGUAUAUUUGUUUGG